AUGGGAAAGCGCAAGAAGUCGAGCAGAACGCCCCAAGGGCCCCGAAAGCGGGAACCUCUUGCGACUACAUUUGCCUGUCUCUUCUGCAACCACGAGAACUCGGUCGUGGUCAAGCUGGACAAGAAGUUAGGCCUGGGCGACCUCUCUUGUAAGGUCUGUGGCCAGAAAUUUCAGACCGGUAUCAAUUACUUAUCGGCUGCGGUGGAUGUAUAUUCGGACUGGGUCGACGCGUGUGAUGCCGUUGCGAAGGACACCGCCAACCAAUACGAUGGACCCGUGACCUCGGCAGGAAGCGCCAAGCAGGAUGUUGGCGCUGGAGACAACUAUGAUGAUGAAGACGGAUAUUGA